AUGACUACACAGACCUGCACCAUUCCGGUCGCUACAACUUGGGAGUGGCACUCCCCCGCCGAAGAGGCCUUGACGAAAGGUCCUCAAAAAGUGCGCAUCAUCGAAGAGUACGACCAGGUCGUACACCGCUUCAUGCUCACCGACGACGCCACGGGCAAGAUCUUUCUCCUGGACGACGAGCCAUGGAACCCAGAUUGGCACCUGGACGAGUAUCCCGCUGAAAAGAACGGGCUGAUACUAGAAGAGCUUGAUCCAAGCCAUAUCUUCCCGGCCUACGACCCCAGCACCAUGACCAAGUACCAGGGGCCAGUGAAGGGGGAUCCCUCUGUGUUCAUCAAAACACAGCAAACCCUCAAGCGCAAGGCUUGGACCAAGGAGGGCUGCCCAGACAAGCAUGCCCAGUUGGUCCGCCGCGAGGUUUCCCGUUGCGAAUUCCUCUUCCGUGCCCCCUCUCACCACAACAUCGCUCAAUACAAGGGCGUUGUAGUAGAUGCAUGGAAUCGUGUCACAGGUAUCGCAUACAAGCGGUACUCGAUGGACCUGUGUCAGUACGUGCGCAGUAAGCACACGAUAGAGAUGCGACACGUGGAGCAGAUUUGCGAGUUCGUGCAGCAGGGUGUAGAUCGCCUACACUCGCUCGGCAUGGUGCACUGCGAUCUGCGGCCGCCGAAUGUUUUCAUCACUGUGGACGAAGACGGUAGUAUCACGGAGGUAGUGGCCGGGGACUUCGACGCGAUGCAUCGGGUUGGGGAGAGCAUCGCCUUGAAGAGUCCUACAGGACAUAAGCUGUGGUGGCCCAAGGAUGUGCAGUGGGGAGAUGCAGCGAGGGUCGAGAUUGAUGGCUUCGCGUUGAAGGGGCUGAGAAGGUGGUUGACUUGGAUUGUGGAAGGAGGGGAUGCGGAGUUAGAUGAGGAGAGCAAGUCUUCCCUGAUGUAA